UUCUUCUUCUUCCGCAAUGGCCCAGCAAAAUCGAUUAAGAAAUUUGGCUCAAAGCCUCAAAGACAAAGCCUCAGUAAUCGCUGCAGCGCUAUCCACGAAGCGACACGUGUCCUCCGUCCGCGUGCACGUGCUCCGUGCCACCACGCACGCCCUCGCCGCGCUGCCCUCCGAGGAAACAAUCUCCGCCGUCCUCGUGGUCGGGUCCCACCAGAAGCGCCACCCUCGCGCUUGCAUCGACGCGCUAAUGGACCGCCUCCACAGCACGCGCAGCGCCACCGUGGCACUCAAAUGCCUCUACACACUCCACAACGUCGUCGUAAAGGGACCCUUCAUUUUGAAAGACCAACUCUCCUGUUACCCUUCCUACGGUGGCCACAAUUUCUUGAACCUCUCCACCUUCCGAGACGGCUCGGACUUGGAAUCGCUCGAACUCAGUUCGUGGGUUCGCUGGUACGCGGGAGUGUUGGAACAGAUCUUAACCGUUUCAAGGAUCUUAGGUUAUUACUUGAACCACUCUUGCGAGUCCCAAGAAAAGAAAAAGACUUUGGUUUCGAAGGCGUCGAAUGCGGAUUUGUUGUAUAAGUUGGAGGCUCUCGUGGGUUUCGUCGAACAAACAAGCCACGUUCCAGAUUCGUUGCACCUUCAGAGGAACGAGUUGGUGUACGAGGUUGUGAGAUUGGUGGGGGAGAAUUAUAGGAGCGUGCAAGGUGAGAUUUUGAUGCGUGUUGAGGAGCUUGGGGGAAGAAUAAUGGAGGACGUGGGUGAGUUGAACGAGUUGGUGGGGUAUUUGGGGAGAUUGGAGGAGACUCGUGAAAAGUUGGUGCUUUUGUUUGUGAAUAGGGGAAAGAACAAUGAGUUCUGGGAUUCGGUUAAGAAGACCAAGGAGAAGGGUGUGGCGAGGAAGAAGGAGAUUGAAAGGAAGUGGCUCGCGGUGGUGGUGGUGGCAGGGAACGCCGCCGAGUUUACUCGGUCCACCAACCCGUUUCUUGACCCGGGGCAACUCAGUCCGGUCCCACGGUUAAGUUUUGCAACGGUAAGGUGACAUAUGGCCAACGGUCAUUUUCAGGGACAAUUUGUGAAAAAUCAACAUACACAUUCUUUUUCUUUUUUCUUUUUUUUUUUGUUGCUUUUGAAUUUUUUGAUUUUUUUUUCCCGUUUAUUUUGAGGGAAUCCGCAAUCUGUGCCUUUCAGUACUUUUUUAUUAUUAUUUUUCUUUGAUUGUGGGGCUCGAUGUCUGCCUUGGUGUGCAUGAUUAAAGUGUAAAACAGAUCAUAUAAUGUAGUAUAUUAAAAUAACAAGAGAUUUCUGUAGAAAAAAAAAAAUAAAGGAGAGAAUUAGUGGACUUUUGAUUGA